UCGGGCCGGGCCGGUGGAGGCGGCCGCGCGUCCGCCGAGGGACCGGCGGCGGCGGGCGCUGUGUAAUGUUCAAGCUCAGAAAUGCCUUAUGUGGAUCGGCAGAAUCGGAUCUGCGGUUUUCUCGACAUCGAAGAAAAUGAGAACAGCGGGAAGUUUCUUCGACGCUACUUUAUUCUGGACACGGCAGAGGACAGUUUCGUGUGGUACAUGGAUAACCCACAGAACCUGCCUUCUGGGUCAUCCCGUGUUGGAGCCAUCAAACUCACCUACAUUUCCAAGGUCAGCGAUGCUACUAAGCUAAGGCCGAAGGCGGAGUACUGUUUUGUUAUGAAUGCAGGGAUGAGGAAAUACUUCCUACAAGCCAAUGAUCAGCAGGACCUCAUCGAAUGGGUGAAUGUGUUGAACAAAGCUAUCAAAAUCACUGUACCAAAGCAGUCAGACUCGCAGCCUCAUUCUGAGAAUGUGAAUCGGCCUGGGGAGUGCGGGAAGAAGCAAGUCUCAUACCGAACUGACAUCGUGGGUGGCGUCCCCAUCAUCACCCCAACCCAGAAAGAAGAAGCUAGCGAUGGCGGGGACAGUGCAGACAGGAGCAGCCUGAAGCGCUCCCAGAGCCACGUCCCAUACUUCUGCCCCAGGCCCCCUUCUGACAGCGCCAUCAUCAAGGCCGGGUACUGUGUGAAACAAGGCGCAGUGAUGAAAAACUGGAAGAGAAGAUAUUUUCAGCUAGAUGAAAACACCAUAGGCUACUUCAAGUCUGAACUGGAAAAGGAACCUCUCCGUGUGAUACCCCUGAAAGAGGUGCAGAAAGUCCAAGAGUGUAAGCAAAGUGACAUCAUGAUGAGGGACAACCUCUUCGAAAUUGUGACAUCAUCACGGACAUUUUAUGUGCAGGCCGACAGCCCUGAAGAGAUGCAUAGUUGGAUCAAAGCAGUGUCUGGGGCCAUCGUGGCCCAGAGGGGACCCGGCCGGUCGGCGUCUUCUAUGCGGCAGGCCAGAAGGCUGUCGAGCCCUUGUAUACAGAGGUAUACGUCCAGCCCUGCCGACGGCAGCACGAACAGCCCACCUGCCCCGCAGAAUUCCGGAUCGCUGCCCGUCCCCAGUCCGCCGCCUCUCGCAGCCACUCUUUGGUCUCCAGCUUUGCCCUGGAGAAGCGAGGAUUUUACGAGUCUUUUGCCAAGGUCAAGCCAGGGCCAGUCAAGGUCCAGACUGUCUCUGCAAGAGAACCCGCUCCCCAAGUGACUGCACCGGCCCUGUCGAGACCUCCAGGGGACAGCGGCCCUCAGGAUGAAGCUGGUGGUGACCCUCUGGACUUGGAUGAUGCCAGCCUUCCAGUGAGUGACGUGUGAGCCUGGAUUGGGCGGGGCGUUGCCCUCCCCCCAAUUGCCCGUCCAUGAAACUUGGAGCCAAAGAUGAGGAAGGGCAGACGGUUCUCACUGCUCUCACACUGCCUCUU